AAUAAAUACUAUACAUUUGUUUAUGUACAUAGAUUUUACACAAGAACACGGAUUUUAAAUGAAUAAAAUACGAAUCAAUUCGUACGGAAACGGAUAUUCAUGAGGAUUUAUAAUUAAUUCUUACAGUUGUCGUUUUGUUUUCAGCUUGUAUUAUUCCGUCUAUGCCUUCUUACCUGCCUGAUUUAUAUUGGUAAAGCUAACGUUUCAAUUCGUUCCAUCGAUCGACAGUGGGUUUGUGUUAUAAACAGCUAUCUGUCUAAUCCGUUGUCACAUUGAGCGUAACACAUGUUUCAGUGGAGAAGAUCGUUGAGCGGAAAGAAGUGGAUAAUUUUUAUGUACAAAAGUUUUUAAAACAAGGGUACAUCCUACUGUGUGAUGGUAGGGGUUGAGAAAACUCAUUUUAGCAUGGAAAUCCUCAAUACAGUCAAGAAUGUAGGAAAGCAUUACUGACACGUUGGAUAAAAAUUGUUCAAAAUAUUAAACUGUGCCUGUCAAGAACCGUUUGCCUAAAACAUUUCAAAUAAAUUAUCGCAUGCUAUAUUAAUCAAAAUGGAAGAAACAAAUGAAAACAAAGACCCCAUAUCUGAAAAGACAGAAGAGGAAAGUGAAAAUAAACAACUGGAGUAUCCAGUUCACCCAUCAGAUGUGUUACCAGAGGAAAGAGUCAAUUUUUGGAAACUUUUUAAGGAGAACUGGUUGUCAAUUCUUACAGACUGCCUGACUUUUGGAAGCUUUGGUAUGGGUGUUGCUUUCCUAGGACCAACAUUGUUUGAUUUAGGAUGUCAAACAAGCUCCGACCUAAAAGAUAUGAACUGGGUAAUAUUUGCUCAACUCAUAAUGACCUUGGUAGGAUCAAUUUCGGCAGGAUGUUUGGCAAAGAGAGCCGUCCCUGUGUAUGUAUUGUUACUAAUUGGCAUGGUUGGAUUGCCGUUAUUUAUGUACCUUGUUCCAUCUUGUACGGUCUUUGCCUGGUUAUUGGUCGACUUGCUACUGAUGGGAUGGUGUAUGGGCUGCAUUGAUUGUGUGGCGAAUUUGAGGAUGAUCAUGAGAUUUGGAACCAACGUUACGCCAUUCUUGCAGGCCAUGCACUUUUUCUACGGUCUUGGUGCUUUUAUAAGCCCGAUGAUAGCUGCACCAUUCCUAGUCAACAUUGAUUGCACUCCAUUAGUUGAUGGCGUGACAUCAUCGUCAAAUAGUUUAAGAAUAACUAGAGCACAACACCUGAGUAAAUCCAGGACGGCCUUUGUUAUUCUAGGAAGUAUACAGCUUUUGAUCACAUUUAUUGUCGUUACCGUGGUAACACUAGAAAAAAUGAAUAUAAUCAAGACAGGUGCUUAUGUAUCACAAUCAACCAGCCAACACUCCCUUAAAGCUGCAGCCUUAGAAAAAGAUGAAAGAGGAGGCGUUAGUAUGAAGCAUAUAAUAAUUGUAACCAUUAUGGCGUCAAUAUCAUUGUUUAUCUACGAUGGGAUCCAGUCAUCAUUUGGAGAUUAUAUCUAUUCUUAUGCUGAAAAAAGUAUAGCAAAUUUGCGAAAAGAAGAAGGAGCAUUUAUGAACGCAUGCUUCUGGGGGUGUUUCGCCUUUGGUCGUUUAGUAGCCAUUCCACUUGCCACGAGACUAACGUCUUUGUUUAUGUUGUCUAUAAAUCUGGGAGGAGUUCUAGGUGCAUCAAUUCUAAUGUUAAUAUUUCACACUGAUAAGACAGUUAUAUAUAUAGGAGUUUGCAGUUUAGGAUUAUUUUUAAGUAGUAUGACACCUACAGCUAUAUCAUUGGCAGAACAGUUUAUAAAUAUUAAUCCAUCCAUCACGUCGUGUCUGGUAGUUUGUGCUGCCUUGGGGGAAACACUAUGUCCAAUCGUUGUUGGAAACUUGUUUGCGUUGAUAGGGCCACCUACUUUUUUGACAUUUUGUUUGUCUGCUACAAUACUAGCUGUUAUCUUUUAUGUGCUGUUAGUUCUUAUAGGAAAGAGGACUAUUAAAUACAAAGAAAAACCAAGAGCAUCGUUUAUCUUUUUGUACGAAAGGAAAAAAGCUGGUGAAAGUUCUCUGAUCAUGCCGUCAUCUCUAAAGUAUUACUCCAAGAUGCAGGAAGAACCAGAAGAAAAUUUACAGCUUGGCCCAAUCAAACCAAUGUCUACUGAGUAGAUUUAUGAGUUUUGACUGCUUAUAAGUUUAAUAUGUUAUACAUAAUGUAAAUGCUUAAUCCUUCAUAAUUACCCACCAUUUUCAGAUGAUAAAAAGUUUGAUGCAAACAACACACUAUUUUUGGAACAGUUUGUUAAGAUUGGCUUUAUUUAAAUUUUUUUCAAAUUUAAAAAGUAGUUAUUUUUAGUUGUAAAUUUUGAUAGCAUUUCAAAUUAAACAACAAUGAUAUCAAAGAAGAAUUUAAUUUGUUAUGGUGUAAGGGAGGCAACUUUAGUCUCCUGUUGUAAUAAAAACUAUAUCAGGCGAUCAAAAGUUGAUAAUGAAUAUCAACCUAACCUCAGUUUGUAACAUUAAAUGUAUAGUAUCAAUACAAUUGAUACAGAGGUGGAAAAAAAUAACUACUUACAAGCUAAUUUCCCAAAGUUGUUGUCUAUAAAAUUGUAAUAUUGUCUUGCGUUGAACAACAUCCCGAUCGAUGUCACAAGUCUCUCCGAUAAACUUUGCUCAAGAAUUCGACACAGUUACUUAACAAAGGGUAGUAAUUUAAAUGUGUGGUUGUUAACGUGUCUGUGAUAUUUCUUUCUGUCUACGAUUUGUUUGUCAAUUACUAGUUUGUAUUUUUGGUACUUAAAAAACAAAACUGUACAUGUAUAUAUCAGGCUAACUCAUAUAUUGAAUUCGACGAUCAUUUAAUAUCCGGGGGUUGGGGCUGGGGGAAUUUCAAUUGAAUAUACGGACCUUGUAAGAACUCAAAAUAAAAAAGCUUGCACAAGACGAAUGAAAGUGAAUAUUCAGCACAACAAAAUGCAGGAUUAACUUGUGAAAUAAACGUCUUUGUAGUGUGAAUUAAAAAAGCCUGCCUAGGAACAGCUGAAAAUCAAUAUUUCCAUUAUCAUAUCCCUCCCCGAUAAUCAUAUGGUCGUCUCCUAAAUGUUGGCCAUUGAAACGUAGGUCCGUGUAUAUAAGUGAUCUUAACAAUGUUUUAUUAUGGUAUUCCUGUCCCGUUCAAAGGCUUAAUCGUGAAUUGAACUGAAUAGAUCAGUUGUUUUUUUUUAAAUCGCUCCAGUAUAUGAAUUUAUAAAAUGUAUGUACUACUUACCGUUACUUCCCCAGUAUUUAUAAAAUGUGUUUAUAUAUGUAUGGUUUUAUACUGAAUAGCCUUUCUUUAACAAAAAAGUGAUUGUGAUUUUUCUGUUAUGCUUAAGUACAAGAUUUUGAAUACUUCAAACCUUUUUACUUUAGAAAUUAUGUUAUUGAGAUCGACUUGAAGAGCCAAACUGUUUAUACAAGUAUAACUUGUUAAAUGUUUCAAGGCGAAAAGAAAAGUUUAAUAACGAUUGAUAAAAUACCAUAACUUCUGUAUGACUUUGUAUUCAAGAACAUUCAAUUUGAUGUAUUAAUUAUUAUGAAUUUAGUAUUGUUAAAUAAAUGUUUCUGAAUAAAACAUAUAUGUGUCAUGAUGAAAACAAUCUAAUGGACGCCUACUUUCCUGAAAUAACAAAGCCCAAAAUCGGCACUUUACUGAAUUUUCUCCAAAUUUAAUUUUAUGCGUCAUGUAAAGAAUGUACCAGUAAGAUAAAGGAAUAUUUCCAUAUUACUGUCAAAUCCAAUGAAAAAAUCCCAAUACUUUUCAUAAUAAUUCUAAAUAUGACACUUUUCCUCUAUUAUGGCACUUUCUGAUAUAUUGUUUCAUCUUAACAAUUAUAAUACAUCUUUGAAUUGUCAUUCAUUUUCACAGUCAAGGUAUCUUCUGUUACUGGUAUAUAAAAUUAAAACCCGAAAAGGAAUCUCAUUACUGACAUUUUAAUUAAAAUCAGAAAAGAGUAUCUUUAUUACUGGUAUUUUAUAUUAUGAUCGAAAAAGGUAUCUUUGUUACUGGUAUUGUAAGUAAAAUUUAAAAUUCCAGUUUUAUGAAAAAGGAUAUGCUUGACUGAUUCUUAGUUAUAUAUCUAAAAAAUUCUCAGACGAACAUUGCUUGAUAAUUCCUUUUAUGAUUUGGCACAAUUGUCUACUGAAAGAAUUUUAUUAGUUAGUAAGAUUUAUUUUCAUUAUUGUAAAUAAUGCUAAUUUAAAUGAAGAAGUUUAUGUAGAACUAUAGUAAUCUACUAAUAUCGGAUACUUAUAUACUGUUUAUCUGUAUCAAAAAUUCUAUUUCGUGAUGUUAAUUUAUUCUUUAUCAUAUGUUAAUAUGUAUUGUUAUUGUUGUCUAUUUCUGUUAAGAAUUCAUUAAAAUGUCUUACAUUAUAA